AUGUCAACACAAUUUCACCAGACGAAGAAUGCCAUCUGUCAAACGUUUGCUAGCAGGCUAGCUAACCACUAUAUUUACUGUAGCUUCAAUGUUGUCAUUCGUGUGGACCGCUUAGUGGUGACCAUAAUGGAGCUGGUGUGGGAGGACCCCCCAGUCCCUGAGGCUCCUUUCUUUACCAGAGACCUCUAUGACAAAUACUCACUUGCUCCUAAUAUCAGAGAACUAUGGGCCUCUCUCCAAAGUCCUGUAGAGAACAUAAAACAGGGCUGUGAUGUUGGCGCUGCAAAAGCCUCCUGCCCUCCCUCCACAAAAGAAACCGCAGACUUUAAAGACAACAGUUGCAUCAGCAAGGACGAGUCCUGUUGGGACAGCUGUGAUAGUGAUGAUCCGAGUGCAGGCAAUGCUGCUGGAGGUGCAGAGGAAUGUAAGAGUACAAAAAGAUCAAGAGUAAAUCUGAAGCAGGUUGACAAUGUGGCAAGUGCUGCUUAUCCUGAACCCAGACUGCCUUACCCGUGUAUGUCCAGCCUGUCCAGCAAAGACCAGCAGACGUAUCUUGGCAUUUUGAUGAGCAAGAAACCAAGGGAUCCUCCACAGAACUUACAGGCACGAGUAAACAAUGAAGUGAUGCAGUUCACGAGGUACCUUCAAGAUGUGGCCAAAAUAUGUGCUGAUGACUACAACUUCAUAUCACAGGGAGCUAUGCAAUAUUCAGAGGAGUUCUUUAGAGCAUGUUUGGAGCACAUUAAAACAUUUCCUGAAGUCUACCAGAUCCAUGAGAUGACAAGUUUGACAGGGGGAACGUUCAACCCAGGGCUGACGCUGACCUUUGAGAAACAGCUGCUCAUCAUGGGCAAUGUGGAUAUUACCCUCCACAAGAUAGCGCCUGCUGAUGCACAGCUUGCAUCGGAUUAUCAGAGUGUUUCAUCAGAGAAUCCUCCAGCUAAAAAAGCCAAGGACAUGCACGCUGCAGUCAGCAGUGACAGUAAUGCCAAGAGCCUGUGUGCACGGUAUGAGCCUCACGUGUGUCUGACUCGAGAUGCUCUGGUCAGGCUGCUGGACAACCAUGGCCCUGACUUUGGAGAGCAGUGGGAGCUUCCUGUUCUGGUCGAAUUAAACCCAGGAAAAGGCAGCAGUCAGAAGAAGACUGUGUACAUAGACUCACCCCUUCUGAGGACUGAAAUGACAGUUAGAGAGAGGAGUCACAUCUACCAUGAGGAGAGUUUGAAGCUUUCCAUCAACAAGAAUGGAAGCAGAAAUGUGUUCCAUUUAGUGACAGAGCUUCCUGUAGAUGAGCAGCAAAACUCGCCGUUAAAACGGGAGAGCUCACAAAGAAAGUUGGAGCCUUUUGAAGACAAUGGUCUUGACUUUGAGGUGGACCUCACUGACCUGGAGACUUUUGGAGAGACAUGUAGUAAAAGUAAAAAACCUUCUCAGGCUUUAUGUAAAACUAAAAGGUCUAGUGAGCAUCUUGUAAACACUAGCAUCAGUUCACAAGAAGAAGUGAGCGCCUCACUGACAGAUGCAGAUGAUGCUGUAGCAGAGGAGACAAAGGCCAUUGCACCAAAAACUGAACAGAGUGACGAAGACAUACCUUUUCUAGGAGACUCAGAUGAGGAAAAGCUGGUCAUUGAUGACUCUCCGGCCAAAACACCUACAAAACCACUUAAGCCUAACACCACACAACACUCUACAGACGCCCAGACACCUGUAAAUCCAGAGUUAUCUUCCCCUCAAAAAGUCACAAAGCAGAGGCGACAGUCCAAAAGAGCAAAGGUAUCUGGCGACCAGCUGGGUGACAUCCUGGCUAUGCAGACAGCCAUGUUCAGCUCUGCCAGUGACACAGCCAAAUGCUCCACUACAUCCCAGGAGACCAGUUCACCCAUGCAAGGUACAGGACCCUCAGGUCGCUCCCAUCCAGUGUCUCUGGUUAAGCCCUGUGUGUCCUCAUAUUUGGAGAGAAGCCAGAACCAGACUGGAGAGACCUGCGCUGUAGCACAUGAAUCUGCACCAGUGAUCAACAUUAAUACUACAGAGCACAAAAAAAUACUGUCACAGGACCUGCAGGCUGGUGCGGAAGAUGAACAAGAUUACAAAGCUCCAGAGGAAGGCAACCUGCUCUACAAGCUCUACAGUCUGCAGGAUGUGUUGAUCAUGGUGCGCAGCUCUGUCUCACUGACCCAUACAGGAAAAGUAGGCCCGAACAACCAAAAUGAGUUUGUGCCAGUGCAUGUCUUACCCAAGCUGGAAUACCAGUUGAGUUAUGGGGUUGAGUGCCUAAGCAGUACUGAGGCUUGCCGGCUAUGGACAGAGACAUUGCUCCACUCCAGCACUGUAUCCUACAUCGCUCACAUCAAUGCGCACACAUCAAAAGUAGCUCUGCUGCGGAAGCUGCGUGGCGACUGGAAACAGAACAUCUCCUGUGGGUUCAAGCCAUCCAAGUCACUGAAUAUACUGCACCACCUACUGAAAAAGCUAACUGGGUUAGAAGAAGGACAGUACCUGAUUGCGCACAAGGCAGGGGAACCAUUUGUGACCUUAUUAAAAGCAGCUAAUGGGAAAGUAAGUCGAGGGGCAUACAACCUGCAGCAGGUCCACAGCUCCGUCCCAAAGCCCCCAGCCUCCAGCCUUGUGCCCUGGAUACCUGUUGAUCCAGCCGUGUGCCUGCCCUUCCACAAGAAACACGGCCGUGUCCCCUGCACUUUCCCACCACAACCCUACAUUAAGACAGCGAAAGAUGGGUCAGCGCAGUCCAACAGCCAUGGAGCCGGGCAGUCGGAAAACAACUCGAAUGCAGGAGGCAACAAGAAGAAGAAGAAGCAGCAAAAGAAACGCGCAGCCAGGCGUCGCAAAUAUAUUAAAACGUUAAUUCAGAAAUCCAUUUAAAAUCCCAUAUCAUAUGAUUUAAUGUCAUGUCAUUUCAUAUCAGGUCAGUCAGAUGAAUACAUUAUGACCUGUGAAGACUGAAGCACUUUGACAGUAUCAAAAUCCGUGUCUUAUAUUUGUGUUUUGUUCAGAGAUCUUUUUGCAUCUAUUUUUUUUAAUUGUAAUUUUUUGUAGAAUAGAUGAACAAUAAACUUUGUCUACAUAUU